AUGGGUGAAGAAAUUUUAUAUAUCGUAUCAGAUUAUGGUCAGUGGUGUGAUCCUGUAGAUUUGGUAAAUAGAUACAUUAUAUCGCAUAUAAAUACUUGGUUAAUAUAAUUAUUUUUUUUUUUGGUCGAUUGAUGAUUUGUCUACUCAAGAGAAAUGACCAACAUUAUAUUAUCAAAUACUAUUUAUUUUUAAUAUUUUGUUGUUAAAAAAGGUUUCCUGUUUUGGUACCUAAUUAUUUGUUUUUUCUCAUAGAAAAAAAUACCAAAAAAAAGAACUCAAAAUAUUGUUGAGUACAUUGGUGGUCUUAAGUAUUUUCCAUAUUUUUCUUUCAAUUCGUUUAUUUCAAAUCAGCCGACAUGGACGUUUUGUAUUGGAGGCAAUGGUCAAGUUUUAUCCAUAGUUCAACAAACUACACUGGAAAUGCGCACAGAAAAACAUUACAAUAAAACUCUAUCAAAAGCAACAUGUAAAAUAAAAAAUUUAAUGUUAAAAUUUUCUCAGUAUAAAGAAUAUUUGUUGAUUAUCUUGAUAUUUAAAACCUAUUCUUUUGAUUCCAUUAAUUAGAAUCAACCAUUACUAAAUACAUACAUUUAUAAUUAAAAUUUAAAAAAAAAAUAUAAAUGCUUAAUAAAUAAACUUAUAGUAUGAUAAAUAACUAAUGAGACCAGUAUUUACCUGGAAACAUCAAGUAUCAACACAUUUUAUUACUCAAGAAAAUUAAUCAUCAAAUAUUCAUAUACUUUAAAAUUGUUUAUGAAACAUGUUUACUAAGUAAUUUAAAAUUAUUUAAAUUAUUUAUUUAGUACCAGAUUUAAUAUCGGAUGAUUUAUAUCCAUCAAAAAGAUUAUUAGUUUGGAGUCCUGAUUGUUCUAUUUUUGCAAUAGCCACUACACAUGGUCAUAUUGCUUGCUAUGAUCUUCUGGCUUCCAAUUUAUUUAUUAUCGAGUCUGUAAGUAUAAUACAUUUAUUUAAAGUUUAGUUUAUAUUUUUUUAGAUCAAAAUAAGAAAAAUUAACUUAUGCAUUAAUUUUGCAUGUGUUUAAUAGAUCCAUAAAAGCACUAAACAACCUGAUAAUAAUAUUUAUGCCAAAGAAAUGGUGUUUUUAGAUUUGCGUACAAAAUCUUCAAAAUGGUAAGUUUAUAUAAUUAAUAAUUUUGAUUUUACCACAGAUAUCUGUGGAUUUCGCAUUGAUAUUUUUAUUAUGUUAAAAACAUUUUACAAUAUAUUUAAUAAUUAAAAUUAUAUUUAGGUCUUAUGAACUUAUUUUAAUUGGAGGAAAUGGAUCAUUAACUAGUUAUGCUGUUUCAUCUGUAUAUGGUUACCAAAUUCAACAUACAUUUAAUUUUAUUCAAAUACUAGGUGCAUCUACAUUGUCAUCUGUCACAUCAUGUCCGGAUCCAGCUUACAUAAUUACAUCUUCAGAUGUACAAAAUAAAUUAGUAAGUUUGAAAAUAUACUACAUUCAAAACUAUAGGCAUAACUAAAAGAGGAGUGUUGAAACUCUUCCAACCUCUAAUUGAGAACCCUUAAGUCAACACUAAACACUAAAGACGCUAAAUUUUUAUUUAUUUUUACUCUUUUAAUUUAAAAAAAAAAAAACCUGAUACUGAGGAUAGGUGCGGCCACUGUUAUAGGUAGGUAAUUGGUUGGUAGGAUACAUAAAGUUAUUUAUUAUACCUGUAAUCAAUGAUAAACCAUUGUUAACGAAAAACAAAGUUCGGUUACAUAUGUUUUAAAAGACUAAUAUUUACGAUUUUUGUCAUCAUUUAAUUUUAUAACAUAAAAAAAUAUAAAUAUAUUACACUCAAUUUUUUUUUUUACUCCUAGGUAUGACUUAUAAUGAACCUCUCAAAUUUCUAAGCAUUUUUGUUAAGUCUAACAAUUUUAUCUACAGAGUACCUACCAUAUAAGAAUUGUAUUAAAACUUGCAAAAUUUAAAUGUUUUUUAAAUAGUUCAAAAAUGGCACAAAUGUUUUGAACAAAUUUAGAAAAGACAAACAUAAGUUUUCUGAAAAAUAAGUAUUUUUUUGUUUUUUUGGGUGUUUCCCAAUUAUUAUGAAAACUAUUUUAGAUAUCAAAAUAUUACCUCUUCAAUGCACCAACUAGACAAAAUUUCCUUAUAGAAAAUGUAUUAUAAAUGUGCAUUAUAGUGACACCAAUAAAUCGCUCGCUGCACUUUGAAUCUAAAAAAUAUUUAAGAUAAGUACUAAAUUUUAUAAUGAAUAAAUAUUAUGUAACUGUUUUUAUAUAAAAAUAUUAUUCCUAAAGUAAAGAUCAGCAUUAGGAAGUUUGCAGGUGUUUACUAUCCCCUAUGAGUCUGUUAGUAUUAAAUAAUUUCAGUACCUUAAAAAUUUGAGCUCUAGUUGCAUCAAUUGUCAAAACUGGUUUUAUAAUUUGCUAAAAUACGAAGAGUUAACAAAAGGUUAAUCCUUAUUAAAAUCCUAAUUUUUGUUUUGUUACCAUUUUAUCUUAUAAUGUCUAAACUCUUUGAAUUUGAACUUGGCUUCAUAAAUUUUUUUUUUAUUUAGGACAUAAACAAUUCUGGAUUAAAUUUAUGGUCAAUGAUUUCAUAUGAACCAUAUUAUAAUCCGGUUUUAUCUUCAAAUAUUGUACAAGAUGGUUUUUUAUUAAAGAUUCUUAACAACACAAUAUUACGUAAACAAAAUGUGAGUAAAUAUAAUAAUUUCUCUAGAGGAAAAUAUUAGUUUUAAUUUUAAUUUUUUUGAUUGCAGAAAUAUAUUAUUAAAAUGAGUAUAUCACCUUCAUAUACAAUGUUGGCAUGUUUGUAUGGAAAUCGAACAGUUUGCGUAUGGAAUUUUCCUGAAAUAACGUUGGUAACAUAUUUAUCAAACUUUAGUAAAGUUUAAAAUUAAUUGUAAAGUCAAUGACACAUAACAUUGAACCUAGGGUUGUCAACCAUUCUACAUUGGGGAAGAUUGUUCUACGUUAAUUUGAUUUGUCCUAUAUCCAGCAAUGCUUAAAACUUUAUGUAGGACAAUCUUUCAUUUCAAAUGUCAAUAUAUAUGUUGACUUUAAUAGGUUGUUAUUUAAGGUCUAUGAAAAAAUUCCUUUUAAUAAUUCAUUAUUAGGUAUAUUUUUUUGAUUGUAGGCACCUAUUAAGUUAUCGUUUAUCACUUAUAUAAUACCUACUAUAGUACAAUUUUAGAUAAUAAAUAAUUAUUUAUGUCUAAGAUUUGGUAUCUUGUGAAAAAUCAAUUGUUAAUAGAAUAUAGAUAUAAAAUAUUCUAUUACACAUUGUAAUUUAUGUAUAUUUUAAAUAAUAAAUGUACUUACCUAUCUAUUUACUAACAAUUUGUAUAUCUUAUAAAUUGUAAAUAUGUCAGUUUAAUUCUCCAAGUCAAAUGAGUAAAUAAAGAUUAGAAAAAAUAGUUACUAAUAAAAUGUAGAAGAUUAUUUGUUAAAAGCCAUACCUAGUAGGUAAUAUACCUUUUCACUGACAUUGCAUUUCUUAUUAAAUUACUAAUGAAGUAAAAUAAGAUAUGAAAAAAAUUGUCCUACAUCACAUAGUUUAAAAAUUGGCAACCCUAACUGAAUUUACAUACAAUCAGGUUAAGCUAUCAAUCAUUUGUUUUAUAUAGAUAUCUGUUAAAACAAUAUGUAUUACGUGGAAAAAUGGUGAAAUGUUAUAGUUGAAUAAUAUCAUUAUAGUUAUCAAAAAAUAUAUUAUUGAUAAGUACAUUAUCAUAUUAAUUUAGAGCCGACACAAUUUUAGAUACUAAGUACAGUGAAACAUAUAUUGAUUUUACAAUGUUGUUUUUUUUAAAUUUAUUUUUAUUUUGUUGUGUUUGUUAGUAAAUUUUCUAUCAGAAAUAUUGAUCCAAUUGUCAAGUAUAACAUAUUCACUAAAAUCAAAUUUUGUCUAGUCUGGGUAGGACUUGUUAGUUUUAAGUAAGAAAUAACGGUUUCAUUAUUUUAUAUUUUAUUUUUGCGUUGCAAUUUGGUUUAAAAAUAAUUAUUAACAUUUUUUUCAUUUUUUUUUUUUUUUAUUGAACAUUUUCUAGGGGCAUUAAAAAUUUGAAAAUAUUUAUAUUUUUUAUUUCGUUUUAUGUGGAUAAUAUUAUUCUUACUAACUAGAAAUGUUUGAAAUGUUAAAUAAUAAUAAAAUAAGUAUAUUUUGUAUAAAAUUUUAUAAUGUGUAACAGUAAAAAAUGUAAAAGCAAUAAAUUAUAAAUAAAUACUCACUUUGUUGUAUCAUUAGGUGAUAACAAUGAUGAAAGUAAACUGAAAACGUAUUAGUUAUCAGAUAGGAAAUCGGCAUGUGUGAAAGGUUCUAUCUAGAAAUCAGACAUUGUGAAAGAGGGUUUACUUAAUUAAUAUUGUAUUAAAAAUGUGUAUAUAUGUAUUAUAUGCAAUCUUUUUUAAAAUUAUUAUAUGGUCUUAACAAUCUCACGUUACAAUCAAAUAUUUUAUGAAAACUUUAGGAAUCAUUUAUUCUAAAAUAUAAUAUUACUCUUAUUUUCAGGGUAAAACCAUUACCUACUCUUAAUUUUUUAAAUACAAACCUAUAUUAAAAUCCCAUUAAUAAAUGCAGUUUUAAUUUAGGUAUUGGUUUUUUAUCGCCCCACCCGGCUGCCCGAAUAAGGCAUUACCUGGUUACUAGAGGUUUUUCUCCAUGUCUAACUCAUGUUUGUAGAAUGAUACUAAAGUAAUUUUAUGAGCUUAAAACUAUACAAAAUAUAUGAUUUUAUGAGCUGGCAAAUUUGAAUCCUUAAGCCAAUUAUCAAAAAAAAAAAAUCGAAAAGACAUUUAGUCUUUUUUUUACAACAUUCUUUUCUGUGACUUCACAAACAUAAUCCUCUUAAAAAAAUUUCACGGAAUUUUCAAUAGUACAAGUUGUUUAAAUAAUAUUUUUGAAUUUCAAAAAUUGAAUAAUUUUCAUGAUUAAAUCUUGAAAUUUAAUAUUUAAACUACAAUAGACAAAAAUGUACUAUAACAUUGCACUUAACAAUUAUCGGUUCAAUAUAAUUUUUGUCGAUGCAAUUUUAUGUUUAAACUAAAUUGUAUCUGUACCUUGUUCUGUGUCUUUUGAGUAAAUAAUAGCUAAUUUAAUAUUAUAUUCCAUUAUUAUUAUAAAUUAAUGAUGGUGGCAGGGUUUGUAACAAAUCUGAGUGGCAGGGCGAUAACAAACUAGUAACUUAGUUUAAAUACAUUUUGGUGUUGACAUUUUUUAGUUUCUAUGAAUCCGUUGAUGAGAUUCCACUUUUAAGUUUUUUAGUAAGGGGAGAGUAGUAGAGCACUAUUUAAAUGGCAGCGAGGAACCUAAUCCUCGCUGCUAUACAUAUGAUAAAAUAACAAUUAUUUCAUGAAAAAUUUAAGUGUAACAUGGAUUUGGAAGAUUCGGUAUAAAUCAUUAUUUAAAUGUUAAUAUUAAAAUUAUUGCUAUUGCCUAUUUAUUAUUGUUUUUUUUUUUUUAAUUUGACCAAUUAUUUUGAUUUUAGUGUUUGCAAAAAUUGGUCUAUAAAGGAUCAAAAAGAAUUGGGUGGCAUUAUAGAUAUUGAAUGGUGGUGUAAUGAUGUAAUGUAUCUAUAUCAAAAUAUUUAUAAAUAUUUAAAAUUACUAAUUUUUUUAAAUUUUUAGCUUCUUAUUAUGGGUUGUUUUGAUGGAACUUUAAUCAUUUGCCGCGAAAAAGGCCAACAGAGUGUAGUCAAUAUUAAAAUAAAUCCGUUUUGUUUUAAAUUAUGUGGUUCAUAUAACAGUGAUAAUUUUGUUGUUGCUGAUUUUGAAACAGUCGAAUCUUUCAAUAAUUCUCAGGUAAUUGUUAUCUUACACUAUUUCUUUAGAUAAAAAAUAUUGAAAUUAAAUGGUUUAGGUUCACUGUAGCAUUAAUUAUAAAAUAAUAACAAAUUUAUAUUAUUAUAUAUGAUUUAGGAUGCUAUUGUAAAUGCCAAACCAACUACGACAAAUAUGUAUAAACUCAUUGCUGUAACCAAAACUACUCCUCAGCAAUUGCUUAUGAAAAAAGUAAUAUUUCAAUGUGUUUUUAAUAUGAUUAUUUUAAUAUUUUUUUUCCAAGAGCAUGUAUUUAGUACAAUUAAAUUAGUAUAAUUGAAUUUUCUAGUUAUUAUUUUUUGGGUUUUUUAUGUACAAAACUAUUUUGAAAAGUGCCAUUUAUAAAAUCAAAUGUUUAACAUAUAUUAUUGUAUGAUUAUAUUUAUUUAAUAUUUUAGUAAUUUUGGUUUUUCUAACUUAUAGAUACAGGAAAAACAAUAUGAAGAUGCAUUACAAUUAGCUUUGAAGUAUAAUCUGAAUAAAGAUUUAGUAUACAAACACCAAUGGUGUAAUAGUACAGUUUUGGAACAAACAAUUAAUAAUAUUUUAGUGAGUGUAUAAAAAUAAAAUAUUUUGAUAGACAAUUAAUAUUAUUAAUUUAUUAUUUUAAUUUUGCUGUAUUUUUCAGAGCAAAGUUUCAGACAAACAGUGGAUUGUUCACGAGUGUUGCAACAGAGUACCAGAAACAUUAAUUGGAGCUAAACAGUUAAUUGCAUAUGGUUUAGAAAUAACAGAUUUUUCUGCAUACUUAAAUAUAGAAUCUGAAAAUACAAGUAGGUUUUAUUUUCUUAAUAUGUAUUUCAUGUUAAGAACAUAAAUUCUGAAAUUUUGAUAAAACAGGUACAUUUAGUCAAACAGGCAAAGAAUUCAUAAUAUCAAGAUUAAAACUUUUAAACUACUUGGAUAAAUUGACUACUUAUGAAAUAAUCCUAAAAAAAAUGAGUGGUACAUGUGAAUCACUUUAUAGUGCACAGACAUAUGAACAUCUUAGAGAUUUAAGUCCUAAACAGUGGGCUUUGCAGUUAGCUAGAGAAUGCCAAGUUAAUGCUGUUUUUACUUUAAUUACCUAUUAUAGUGAUCAGAUUCUCCCAUACUGGUUGGACAUAUUAAAUGAUUUACCAGAAACAUUGAUGCCCAAAUUAUAUAGGUAUAAUUUGAUUUAAUAAAUAUUAUGUAUUAAACAAUUUAAUUAUUUAUUAUAGAACAUAUUUAAAAGUAUGAAUAUGUGAAAUUAUUUAUUGUUUAAUGUUUUAGACAUUUAUUGCCAGUUUGGGAUAUAUCGGCAAAACAAGUUGUACUUUUAGAAUCAAAAAUUUUAAGAGAACUUGAUUGGUGCGAGUCUGAUCGAUUUAAAUUGCUAACUGGAACUUUUGAAAAUAUAAAAAUUGUUUCCUUGACUGAAAAUGAUAUAAUUCUUUGGUAUAUCAAAAGAAUUAGAAGUAUUGAAUCAUGUACUAAAUUAGUCCAACAUACAUUAGAACUGGCUACUAUUGCUCGUGAAAAUAACAUCAAAGUAAUUAUAUGUAGUAAUUGUAAUAGUUUAUUAUUAUUAUUAUUAUUUUUAAUUUAUCGUAAAUUUAAAUGAAAACUGUAUUUAUAUGUUAGGGAUUAGAACAGUUACAUGAAGACUUGUCUGUUUUAGAAGUUUUGGUGUAUGAAGUAGGUUUAGAGAAUAUAUUUUUAGAAGAUAUUGAACAAUUAAAUACUAUAGAAAAAGCAUCAUUAUUUAUGUCAAGGGUUUGUAAAAUUGAUUUAAAUUAUUUUCUAAUAUAAAAAUCUAAAAUAUAUAAAUAGAUAUAUUGUCUAAUUAAUAUAUAUUGGAAUUGGUAUAAUUUUACAGUGUGAUGAAAAUACAUUUUUAAAUAAUUUCACAAACUAUUUUUUACCAUACAUACAAACAAAAUCUGAUCCAUUUUAUUUGCUGGAACAAUAUUUAAUUCAAAUAAGUGUAAACUCAUUAAAAAAUGUAUCACAGGUAAAUUCCAUAGUUAACCUCAAAACUAAAAUUCUAUACAAUCAUUUACUUUAUAGUUUUAUUUUACUUUUAGUUUUUUGAAUUUUCUCAAAAAAAUGGUUGGUGUAUUAAUGUAUCAGAUGAAGCAAAAAUUGUGCUUGGUCUCAAAUGCAUUUAUACUAAUACAAAAUCUGAUCAAUUAGAUGAAGCACAGUGUAUAGUUUUAUCAUUGCUAAAAAGCGUAAAGUAAAGUAUACAUUUUUUAUAUAUUUUUAUCAUUGAAACGUAUAAUUUAAAAGUAAUUUUCUUUUAAUCAUAUUUUUAGAAUGUUUAGUUUAUAAUUAAAAAAUGGAUUCAUGAUUUUAAUUUUAGAUAUAAUGCUGAAAACAAAACAACAAUUAAACAACUCGAAGAAAUCAAACCAAUAAUAAAUGCAUCAAAACUAUUAUUAGCUUAUGGAAUUAGAUACCCUCUUAAAGUAUUAAUUGAUAAUUUGACUGAUAAUGUUUUUUUUCGAAAUGUAAUGAUAUCUAUAUGUGAAUAUACAUCAAUGUAAGUAUAUAAUUAUUUAAAACAUACAACAAGCUUAUUUCAUCAAAACUUGUAUGUACCUAAUGAUACCUAAUUUUUGUUAUUAGAAAAAAUCAAACUGAAAAGUAUUGGUCAAAUGUACUUGGAGAUUUGUUAAAAAUAACAGAAUUAUGUUUCCCGACAUUGUCUAUUACAAUAUGUUAUGAGGUAAUAAAAAUAACUGAAUGCAAUUAUUUUAUUAAUUUAAUAUUAAUAUUUUUAGGAAUAUGUGAAAAAGUUGUUAGCUAGCCAAAAUGAAAAAAUAAUGCUAUUCAGUAAAGAUAUUUUAUUAGGUAAAUUACCAGAAAACUUAAGUUUAAGGAUUGUUAAAGAUAAAUUUUCUAUGUAUUUUGAUCAAUCAAAGUCAUUUAAUGAUUCAUCAAUGGCCUUAGCAAAGUAACUAAUUUUUGGUUAAAAAAUAAUAAUAUACAGUAUACAAUAGGGUGGUUCUUUGUUAUAGAUGAAGAUUUUUUUUAAGUUUUUCAAUGGGCUACCCCACCAUUUUGUUGGUUAGUAUGAAAAUAAAUUUGGUUUUGAUAACAUCCCCUUCAUGUACUGCAAGGGGGUUGAAAAAUUACAAAUAGUGUAGUUUUAUGAUUUUUUGAGUUUAUGUAAAAAACUAUUGCACUUAUCAUAAAACUAUUCAUUAAAUUUUUGAUAGAUCUUUAAAUUCCCUAUAAACAAUCUUUCACAAAUUUUUCGAUAAAAUCAUUAUUAAAUAAGAAAAAAAAAAACAUUAUUUAUUUUGUUUAUUUGGAAAAACUGUUUUUUUUUAUGGUUAUUUAAAUAUAUUUGAUAAACAACUGGAAAUCAAGUAGAACGUUGUUAAUACACUUUAUACACAAUUUAAUUGCUUACGAUAUAAGGUAUGAGAAAAAAUUGCAUACGAUCAAUCAUUUUAUACUUAUUAUAAAACCAAUAAUAGUAAAAUAAUAAUUUUUUUUGUCAUACUAACGAACAAAAUGGUGGGAUAGCUCAUUGAAAUUUUAAAAGUUCAUAAAUAAGAACUACCCUAGUAUACAAUAAAUUAAAUAUUUGAUUAUUAAUGAAACUUUUGAUUUUUUUUUUUAGAUUAUGUUUACAAAUUUUACCUAAUACUGAAGAUCUCCUAGCACUUGAAUGGAAUUUAAUCUCUGCUAUGACAAUACUUAACACUUUUGGAACUAAAUUACUUCCUGUUCAAGGUAAUCAUUCAGUUCAGUUGUAUAAAAAUAUUGCAAUCGUAGUAUAUAAUUUAAAUAUAAUAUGAAAGUAUUUAAAAAAAAAAAAAACAGUACGUCAGAGUAAAAAUAAAUGGAAAUUGAUCGACAUGAGUAUAUUGGCUAAACCAAACAAUUACACUUUAUUGAAAAAGUUAACUACAUUAGCCAACAAAUUGGGCAUAACAAGUCAUGAAGGUUUUAUUUCCAUUGAAUCUAACAUUUUUUUUAAAUGUGCCACGAUUGCAUAUCAGGUAUGUUGAAAUAUGUAUUUUGUACAUUUAAUUUAAAAAUAACAAACAUUAUUAAUAACUAUAUAUAAAUAAGAAUAUUUACUGUUUAAAAGUAUUGGUUAGAGUAAAUUAAAUUUUCUCAUAGUUUCAAUUUAUUCAAUCUUAACAGAAUACUGUAUUAACAAAUUAUUUUUAUUUAUUUUUGUCCAGGCAAAUGAUUUAAAAUUUUCAUCUAAAAUGUGUAUUCAGUUAAUGGAUAAAAAUGAACCAUCAGUGUGGUCAUUAUGUGUUGAAUUAGCAUUACACAAUGAUAUUAUUGAUAUUGGUUUAAGAAUAAAUUUAUUGUCAUUUGCUGUGUUCAACUGUCCAGUGGAUAAAAUUGUCUCAAUUAUUGAAUUAAGGUAGUGUAAUACAUAUUAUUCAAGCAUUGAUUCUGCUGUGUUGUUUUUAAAAAUUGUUUUCCUUCUGUAAACAACUUGUGUACCAGAAAUCUUGCUCUAAUCAAAAAAUAACAAAAACGUUUUUGUAUAACAUUUUGGAUCUAGUUGGUGUAUUGAGAAGAUUAGGUUUUUUGAUUUUCAGAGAAGUUUUCUUAAUAAUUUAGAAAAUAAGGGAAAGUUUUUUUUUUUUUUGUAAUUCGGUUAAAAACAAUUAUAGAGAAGAUCUGACAAUUUUUUAGAAUAUUUAUUUUAUCCUUUUUUAGAUACUGAGAAAUGUAUUGGUUUUACAAUGGUAUUUAUUUUUUUUUAUAUAUGUAAACAAUUGUUCUACCAGAUGUCUUUCUUCAAUUUUCAAGUAUAGUAUCUUUUGUGAAGGGAAAUUUUAUCUAUGUGGUAUUCUAAGCUGGUAAUUUUUUGAUUUCUCAAGCUUUUUUUAUAAUAAUUGGGUAAAAAAAGUGAAAAAAAAAAAACAGGAAAAUGGUUGAAAUGCAUUAUUUUCAAUUUUGUUUUUUGUUGCGAUUCAGUUAAAAAUAUUCAUAAAGACUUGUAAUUUAGACAGGAAACUCAUUCCUUAAAAUCUUAUAACAGACCUUCUAUAAGGCGGAAAUCUCUUUAAAACGGAAAAAAAUAAUAGUCCUGUAUUGUCCAUAUCCCUUAUAUUUUAGUCUCCUUACAACGGAAAAAUCAGUUGGUACUAAGCAUUCUGUUUUAAGAAGGUUUUACUAUAUUUGUUUUUUCUAGACAUGGUAAAAUUUUCAAAACAUUUUAUUAGUUUAGACAUUUUUGAGUUAUCUAUAGUCAUUCUAAUUUUGCGAGUUCUUAUAUAAUCUUUAUUUGGUAGGAACUCUGUUGCUAAAAAAUAGAAAUGUUUGAAAAUUUAACAAGAGGUUUAUUAUAAGUCGUGCUUUGUGGUAAAAAAAAAAAAAAAAUGAAUUAUGAUGUAGAACUUUUUUCCAAACUUCCCAUAAAAUUGCAUUUUGUCAAUAAUGAUUUAUCUUUGUGUACUGGUAUAAAUUAAAUAACUUUGUCUCCUACCUUCUUAACUUUCCACGUACAACAGUGGCACACCCAUCUGUAGUACCGGCUCUUUUUUUUUUUUAUUAAUAUGAGAACGUUUUUUUAAUUGAUUAUUGAUUAAGACCAUUUUGUUGUGUUUGAUAACAAUAUUUGUUUGUAAUUUAAUAUAGUUAUUAUAUUUUUAAGGAAAUCUUUGGAAAACGAAAAUACAGAACAAAUAUUUGAGUGUGAUUCUGAAUUAGAGCUUCCAAAGUUAGUAUCUCAAAUUAUAUUUUAUUCAUUUAUGAAGUAUUUAAUACAUGAUGUGUUUGUAAAUUAGAAUAAUAAACAUUAACUACCUCCCUGUGUCAAACUAUGAAAUUUCAAUGCAUUCAAAUUGUGCUAAUUGUGUUGAAGUUGCACUAUCACAUGAAGAUCUACUGUCUAAUUUUAGAGAAUUACUUAAAGUUUCUUAUAAUCAUUCGAAUUAUGACAAAGGUAAAUUGUAUUUUAUAUUUUAAAACUAAUUAAUGUAUAUUUAAAUUACAUGUAUAACAUAGACCCUGUCAAGAUUUGACUGCUGCCUUCUUAGUAAUUUUUUGGGAUAAUGUGAUUACUGCCUGCUAAGUAGGUAGGUGACUUAUUAUUUGAGGGAAUUUUCAUGACUACCUACUCAGGUUAAACUUUGAAGUUGAUUUUCAAGAAAUAUAUUACGUGUAGGUAACGAACGUAUGUUAAUACUGCAUUGUACUUUUAUAUAUAUAUAUAUAUAUAUAAAAGCACUAAUUCCAAUAAGGAACAGUGAAUAGCAAAGAAUUGAAUAACUGGAGUACCAAAUACGAAAAAUAAGAAUACUUCAAUCAUCUUCAUGUUUGUAAGAGUCACAUCUCAGGAUACUGUGGUAUUCCUACUUGAUUGAAAAUCUUAUUCACUUCCAUUUCAGAUCUACUAUUUAAGUUUCUAUAUUUUUGAUAUUAUCCUAUACUUAUGUCUUUUAUAAGUUAUGAAUGGUCAACUUUCGACCAUAAUACAAAUUGCAUUCGAUUAUGUCAUGCCAAAAAUAGAUAUUGAUUUUACUGCAUAGUUUUUAAUAUUUAAGUAUUUUAAAAUAGAAACAUGCUUCCGAAAUUCCAUUAUAGAGGGGUAAUUAUUUUGAUCUUUAUCUUCUAAUAAUUGGACUUUUGGGUUUUUAUAAGUUUUAUACUAUCAUUGAUUAUGUAUUGAGUAUUGGCUAUGUAUAAUUAGUGUUAUAGUUAUUUAUUAUACUAUUCAUAAAGUUACCAAAUUUAUUAUUGUUAAAUUAUUUAAAUAUUUAAAAUUUAUUUUAGUUUUAGCUAUUUAUGGUUACAAAUAUCUUGGAUACGAUUCUAAAAUGUCAGUGUUAUGUUUUUUACAUAUAACAAAUGACAGUAUUGUAGAUGAAUGUUUCAAUGGUUGUGAAGGAAUUUUGAGUACUAAACUAGCACUUUAUAUUUAUGCAUUACGAUAUGCUACUCAAUUUAUGUGUGACAUAGAUUAUUUUAAAUUAUCAACAGAUCAAGUAUGUUAAGUUUUUAGUUAUAUUUUUAAGAGAACUUUACCUGCAUUUACUGUUUCGAUUUAACUAGAUAACAUAGCAAAAUUAUGUUAUUUAGAUCGUACAUUGUGGUAUUUAGGCUGAAAUUAAAGUUUCAGUAUAAAUAACAAAAUUUAAAAAGAAAAAUAUUUUCAAGGACUGCAUAUAGAUUUUUUUUCUAAAAAAAUGAACAUGGCUAUAACAUAUUUGUAUGACAUUUUUAGAACAUAAAUUUUUUUGUAUCACUAAACUAUAAAAAAAAAAAAUUCCUAUACUAAAAUAUUCUCACUUUUAAAUUUUGUCGUGUGUGUUCAAACUUGGUUUCAACCUUAACACUACAAUUUAUUUUCUAAGUAACGUAAUUUUGCUAUGUUGCCUAUUGGUUAAGCUGAAACAGUAAACGUGAUUAUAGCGUUCUAUUAAUUUAAACAAUUAUAUAUAUAUACAACAAAUAUUAUUAUAGUUUUUGUUUUGUCUAGCUCAUCAAACAAGUAAUGUCUGAUUUAGAUACAAAAUCAUCAGAAACAUGUCCCGAAAUAGAACAAUAUUUACGUAAAUAUGCAUUACUCUACAGUAAAUGUGCCAAAGGAUUAGAUUCAAAUGUCAGUCCAGAAGAAAUGAAUAAAGAACUUAUGAGAAUGGCUGGGUAUAGUUAUUUUUCUUUUUUUUUAACUAAUAUUUUAGAUUCUGAGCACAGCGAGGAAUGUAUUGGUUCUACAAUUAUGUUAUUUUUUUUCUUGUGAGUUACUUUUCUACUAGAAAAUUUGUUUCAUUUUUCAAAUGUAUCAUCUUUUCUGAAAGGAAAUCGGACUGGGGUGGUAUAAGGAAGUUUUUUUUGAUUUUCAUAAUAAAUGGAAAAAAUCGUAAAUUUUUUAAAACAUGUAUAACUAAACUCUGCUCAGAAUUGUUUUUGUUAGUAAUGAUAAAUUGUUGCAAUCAGAUAUACAUUAAAUUUCCCCUCUACCUUCCCAACUUCUCACCUAUAACAGUGGCCCGCUCAUCGUGUGAAGUAUGUCUGUUUGUUUUUGUUUCUUUUUUUAUUUUUCAUUGAUUAAUAAAUUCAAUUUUUAUUACAGAACUGGUCAAACAAAACAUCUGGAAAAAGCACUGGAAAUAUGCAAAAGACAGUCAUUAGAUAUAAACGAUAAGUUGCUACUAGUAUUUUUAAAACAUUGUUUAUACACAACACCCGCAAGAAAUUUGGAGGAAAUCUUAAUAACAAUGGAUUUUAAUAGUUUGAUUAAGGACGACAAACAAUUGUAUUAUAAUAUUAUGCAUGAGGUGUAUGAAGACAUACCUGGCACUAAUCAUAAUGUUUUAAUUGCUUACUAUACUGUAUUAAAUUUCAUUUAUUCUAAUGAUCGUGUGCAGUAUGAAGAUAAUAUGACUCCAACCCAACAUAUAAAACUGUUGAAAAGAGUGCAUAGUACUAUUCCAGGUAAACAUUUAGAAUUAUAAAUGUACAAAAAAAAAAACUGAAAUUAUAUUUUUAUAGACAUUGAUUACAAGUGUUUAUUAAAUCUGGAAACGGCCUAUGAAACAUUUUGUAUUGCUCAACAAACUGGAUGCAGUACUCCAGUUCUAAAUAGAUUAUUGAAAAGUUUACCAGAAAAAAUACAACAUUGUAUAAAACUCCCUCGUUCUGUAAGUUAUUCUUUUAAGAAUUCCAUUAAUAAAUUAUCAACUUUUACGAAUUGAAAAAUUAUUUCUAGACAUCUAUGGGGUCUGAUAAUUAUCAAGAUAAUGUUGAUUUUAAUAAAUUAUUACUAACUACUAAAUCACCUGCUGAUAUUGAUAGAAUUGUAAGACUUUCAUUGCAAGCAAAUGAGUAAGUUAACAGUACACGUAAAACUAUAAUAAACCACAAUGCUAUUAUUUUUUGUUCACAUUUAAUAAAUUUAGAUAUUAAUAAUUAUUAAAAUAAUUGUAUAUAUAUUUUUCAAUAAAAAAGUAAUUUUUAAUUAUUUUUAAAUAGUUGUAUAAUAGAUGCGAAUAUUUAGAAUAAUUAUUUAUAUAUUUUUUUACUACUUGAGGAUGCCUCAUAUUAUCUGUGUUCUCUUGUUGGUUUAUUUUGUUGAUAUUUUUAUUCUAAAGAAACAUAUAUAUUUUUACAAUAAGAGUAUUGAAUUAUACCAAUACGAGUUAUUUACUAUCUUGAGUUUUUUUCAAUGUGUAAGUUUAUAACUGCAUUAAAAGUAAAAGUCUUUGGUUCUAUUGAAAGUAAAUAUUAUCAUAAAGAAAACCAUUUGGAGUCAGAUAUCCUUUUAACAAUAAAUAUUUCAGUAUAAUACAUGAAAAAUAGUCUAAGUAUUUAUUGUUGGACAAAAAAUAACAACUUAUUAUUAUGUUUUAGUAAUAAUAAAGAAUGGGUUGAAGCUUUGAAGAAAUUGCUAGUUUUUGAACCCCUAGAGUUUCGAAUUUCAAUAUCUGUACUGAAGUAUAUUUGUAGUAAAUAUAGCUUCAGUAAACAGGUAUGUUUAAUAUUUUUUUUAUAUUUAGUUGUUAUUAAUUAAACUUGUAUAAGUAAUAUAUUUUAUUUAUUUAUAUAUAAUAAUUAAACUCAUUAGGAAUUAGAAGAUCUCAAUGACAUCCCAAAUGUAAACAAAAUUUUAUUAAAUUUAUUGUAUUUAUUAUCUGGAGAAAGUACUGUAGAAGCAGCAGCUAUAAAUUAUUUUCAUACUAACAAUGUAAGUAAUAAAAAGUAAUUAUAUGUUAUAAUUUUUUUCAAUUUUUUUCAUUUAAUAAAUUCGUUAUGAAUAUUGGUGUGUAGUUGUAAUAAAAUAAAAUAUUUGAUUUAAGGAUCUACCAGAUUCAGUACUGGACACUAUUCUUGAGUAUGGGCUUGUAGAACAAUUGAUUGAAAGCGAACAGAUAAUGAAUAACCUUAUGUGUCGAGCAUUGGCUGGAAAUAGUGGAAAGAAUUGCAGAUUAGUUUGUGAGCAAUUAGCCUCCGCUGGACAUAAAUUGUUGGCUGGUUCACUGUAUUUAACUCACAAUGGAGUACCAUCUGCAUUAAAAACUAAUAUAGCUGCAUAUGAAAUUUCUGAAAGCUAUUUAGGAAGGAACACUAAAGAAAAAUAA